AUGCAGCGCCUCGUCGUGGCCGCCGUUCUUCUUCUCGCCGCCACACAAACACUCAGCGCUCCAACGUCAAAAGACAAGCCUAUCGUCCUCUUUACUUGUCCACCAGAUGGCUUAUGCUAUGCCAGUCCACGAAAUUGCUUUGACAACUGUAAUGCUGCAUUUAGCAUGUCAUCACCAGAGAACGGCACGAAAUUCAAACACAUCACGAAUGAUGUCACCGCUCAGCUAUACAGCGCCCACAUAGCGCCAGAUUACCUGUCAGACUUGCACGAAUCCAAGUUUCAGUUUUCGGACAAAUAUGACAAGGCGAUUAUCUGUUCUUUCCACUCACCAAGAGGAAUCGUAGCCCGAGUGAACUAUCCGGAUCCAAUCGUCAUUCAGCCGUUCAUCGACGCAACCGAACCUGAAGGCCACACGGAUACUACGUACACCCAGUGCUCAACAAACGUCUCGCAGUCGGCACCAACAAAGGCGAAAUUCAAGUUGAUCAGUGGAAAAUGGGAAAGUGAACUUGAUCUUGGACGAGAACUUGGCCAUCGAUGUCGUGCCAGCUGUGGAGAACGCUCGAGUAAUAAGAUCGAGAUCCCGUCUUCGAAGCUCGCAGCUGUACGUGCCGAAGAUGAUUCAGCCGAGUUGGACGAAAAAAUAUCCGAGGCAACAGUUCGAGAAGAAAGCCAAGGAGGUCUCAGAGGCUACGGAAGGAAAAAGAAGAAGAAGGUGAAGGUUGUAGAGGCUGACGAUGAGAAGGACAACAAGGACAAUUCAGAAGAGGACACGAAGAAAGGAAGGAAACUCAGCGUUGACGAUUCCGAUGAAGACUCUACCCCUUCAAAGAAAGAUGGAAAAGGAAAGGUGUCAAAGAUCAAGGACUCUAAGAGAGGAAGAAAAGAGAAAAUUGAGGACGAUGAAGAUGAAGAUGAGAAAAAGGUCGUAAAGAAGCCGAAGAUGGACGACGAUGACGACGGCAAGGAAAUGCCUGAAGAUCGGGACUAUGGCGACGAGCAUGAUGAACAGUACGUUCAUUUUUCAUUAUAUUCAUGA